GCGGCUAAAACGACAAAGGCGAAAGUGAAACAACAAAAAUUAAACUCGCACCGCGCCCGAUGUUUCGCGUGCCUCACUUGUGCGGUUGCCAGCGGCAACAGACAAUAACAUUUCUCAAGCAAAAAUGUGACCGCGGCUGCUGUUACUUCUUCGCUCCAGUCCUACGGUGUACUGCGUAAGCAUACGGCGCGCCUGUUUUCCCUCACGAUGUCCACUCGUCGCCGUCGUCGCCUCGUCCUCGCGUGCCCAAACGACUUCAAGUGGCCGUAAUCGAGUGCGGCGAGGACCGUGUGCUGUCGCUCUUACUUUUCUUUUCUCCCCCUUGAUGCAUACUUCGUGGGAGGUCGCUCGUUGGCGCGAGCCAUGAAGAAGUUCUUCCAGAAGAAAAUACUCAAAUCGUCCUCCGCCAAGAAGCAGAGCACUGCUAGUUUGAGUUCGCACGAUGGACACACGGACGAAAUUCACGGCUACUCAAUCGAUCUCGCGAGGACGGACUCGAGUUUCACGAAGCUCCAUAAGGCAUGCUGGCUGGGCGACGAAGACCGGGCCCGCUCUGCUGCCAAGAAAGUCGACGUCAGUUUUCAGGACAAUGAGAGCAGGAGCCCACUCCACCUGGCAGCUGCAAGGGGUCACGUGACCAUUGUGCAGCUUCUGCUGCGCGCUCAGGCUCGGGUCGAUGCCUUGGACUCUGAAGGGAAGACUCCACUGAUGAAGGCCGUGGAGGGUCAUCAUCUGGAAGCAGCUCGAUGUCUGCUGGAGCAGAGGGCCAAUCCCGAUGUUCCUGACCAAAACCUAGACACAGCACUUCACUUGGCCCUUUCGACGGGACAGGCUGAUAUGGCUGCAUUGCUUGUGCAGUUUGAUGCCGAUGUCUCAGCGAGGAACAAGGAAGGUAUGUCACCGCUGUACUUGGCAGCCGUCCAGCAGCACCUAGAUGUGGCCCGUCUCCUAUUAGACCGCGGUGCCCAGGCAAAUGCUGGGGACAACAAGAAAAAGACUCCAUUGAUGGUGGCCUCGGAAGCUGGGUCAGUGGCCCUGGCUCAACUGCUUCUGAGUCGAGGGGCUAACGCAAAUGCAGUUGAUGAUGAAGGUCGCACUGCACUCGACCUUGCCUCGAGAUCUGGUCAUGACGAGUGUGCCAAGCUGCUUGCCUCGAAGACCAGCAGCGCCCACGGUGGGGAAGUUGAGACUGCUGAUAUUGAGUCAUGGAAGUCAUCGAGUGACUCUGAAGCUAGCAGGAAAGGCAAGAGAUUACCAUACAACAUUGUCAUUCCUUCACCCUCACACCUGUCCCCUCAGCAUUCUGUCACCGGCCAUUCACCAAGCCCAAAUCAUCUUGGCAUCAAAGAGCACCACAGGCCCUACAUCUCAUCAGUCGUGGUCAAUUCUAGCACACAGCCAAAGCCGGUGACCAACGGGGAACUGGCGGGGACCGAAGUCAGUGCCUCAAAAGAUCACAGCCUAGAAGCAGUAGGAGAAAAAAUCGAAAAUGUUGCUAGGAUACCUGAUAAGGAAGCAACGCCAAAGAAGACGCCAGCCAAACCCCACUUUGAGGAGAACGACAUUCCCAGUUGGAUGGAAGAAGACGUUUCAUUCGACGACUCGGAGGGAGACGCAAAGGCCACGUCACUCUACGUGCCCCCAUCAGUUUCACAAAAGCGGAACUCCAAGCCAGAGCCUGAACUGCACAAGUCCGUUGAGGUCUUACUUGCGUACGACGGUCAGCAGCUGAGAAAGAAUGCAGGGAAGGAGUCGAGCGAGACGCUUGUCAAGGAACUGCUGGAAGAGGCUCCCCAGCCUUUGAAGGCACUGUCCGCCGACAGGCUGUCGGUGCUGUCUGACAGCGACUGGGACUCGACAGAGGAAGUUGAAGACCUUCCUCCAAACAAGGUGAUGGAAGGCACAUUAGGACGUAUGGACACACUUCAUGGAACUGAGGAAAUUUGGGAAAGGAAUCCAAGCGUCCCCGUAAACACGGACGAGGCUGCAAAGGCAAGCUUUCCGAGUCACUCCCCUCCAACAGCAGCACCACGCAAGUCAUCUACUAGCCCUCAACGCAAGCCAUCAGUCGAGCAACACCAAGCACACACAGAUGAUGUUAGUACGCCGCAGAGGCCUCCCCGGUUGAGCAAAAAUCGGCUCCGCAGUUCUUGGAGUUCCUCUUCGUCGUCGGCACCGCCAUCAAGGGCAAGUCCACUGGUCAUUGGUGGUUCCAGGCGACCCAGCCUCCUAAAGGACAGCAACGGUCGGCCAGACAGCGUAUCACCGAGACCUCUCGAUGAUCCAGGCAGCACCAAUGGAGGCUCGCAAAUUGUCCGCAAGAGAUCAAGCGCCUCAAGUCGCUCGACAAAAAGCUCUGUUGCAGACAGGCAGGAAGUGACGACAAGGCACGUUGUUGAGCUGACGGCAGCUCCAACAUCUGACCUAGGAGACCUGGUCACCACACUUCAGAGGGAGGUCAGCUCGGCACGGGCUGAGCUGGAUGAAGAGAUUCAGCAUCGAAAGAAGGCAGACUUGUUUGCAAGAGAGCUGCAACUGCAGCUCGCUAAGAGAGAGCAAGCCCUUCUGAGAGAUUUCGAGGCCAAGGAUACCAUUGACAGCAAGCUAGCCGAUUUGGAACAGGAACUGAAAAGCGCCAAAGUUCUCAUCAAAGAUCUUCACCGUGAGAUCGAGUUCCUGCAGAAACAGCUGAGCUCAUACAAGGAAUCAGCAGACAUUUACAAAGACGCAAGCGAGAGGCAAGAAGCAUUGUUUAAGGAGAUUGUCAGCGAAAAGGAGAAGCAGUGGGCUGAAGAACGAGAGAAGCUUUUGCUAAAGAUCAAUGAAAAGGACGUUCAUUUAUUGACUACACAAACAACUACUGAGUUUGCUGCCAUACAAGAAAAGCUCGGGGCUCUGCACGAAGUCCUUGCAUCGCUAAAUCUGAAGGCCGACUCGGCGCACAGUAUUGAGCGUGCUGAGGAAGGAAUCUCCAGGUUACUCAGCCUGUCUACGUCGGCCUUGAAGGACUUGCAGAGACUCUCCGAGAGCGCAGAGCAGACCUCCCACCUUCUCCACGGCAUCGACAACAGCCUUCACAUGAAGGGAUACGACUUGGGUUCAGACAGGAAUGCAAACAGGUUGCUCGAAGGGGACAACAACCAGCUCACGACGACUACAUGGACACAGAAUUUUGGCAGCAUCAAUGACACACUCGAACGCCUUGAAACCAACCAGAGGGUGUUGACGGACACGCUGGAGGAGAUACAAGCGGUGUUGGCGAGCAAAGUGAGCUCUGGCUCUGCGCCUCACGAAGCAUUGAACUCGUCAUAUCUGCCAUCAAAUGGUCACGUUGCAGCAGUGCCAUCCGCCGCUCCGGACCUAUCCGACAUCAGAGAAGGCGUCGGGCGCGUGUUGGAUCGGCUCGACUUCUACGCUGAUGAGAUCAAAAAGGCGUCGCAGUCGGAAGUGGCAAAUGCAACCCAAAAAGUCGUGGAAGCAUUCGCAGAGUACCACGCCGCCACAAAGCAGGAAAUGCUAAAUUUGCUGAACAAAGUGGGGCCGUCCCGUCAAAACGCUCUAGCCACUUCCAGCAGCAGUCAUUUGGUGGCGCAGUGCCGCCAGGAUGAUGAAGACGCCUUUAACGGCUCUGCUUUGUCUGAUGGGUUUGCCGAGAUCAGGCUGAACCAGAGCACGGCGCUUCGAGAGCUGCAGAGCCUGAAGGACGAACUUAUCCAGAUGGACACGAGCGGCAUGUUUGCAAGGCUGGAGUCGUGUCACGAAAGAGGCAUUGAACAGGUCUCGAAAAUUGUGCAGCCAGUCUCAACCGAGCUGAAAUCUAUGCAGGUAACCAUGCAACAGCAACACGAAGACCUGCUCAACCGCAUGGCUGAUCCCAGCAAUGUGCCAAGCUCGACUCAGUGGCAGGAGGUGCUGCACCGGCUUGACGGUAUGCUGGAGCAGACAGCUUCCCUGCGAAGGAAAGAUCGUGCCGGUUGCUUGCGGCGCAUCUCGGCAGACCUCGGCGAGAACCAGCCAGACGCUGACAUCACAGCUGUGCUUAACAACCUGGCCACAACACUGACCGACCUCAAGAACGAGGUGUGCAGGCGUGAGAGUCUCCGGAACGAAGCCACAAGACCUACUUACACCGCCCAGGUUGAGGAGCAGUCUGCCAACCCCGCAAAUCUCACCAAGGAAUGCUUAUUAGGAGAUGCAAAGCUGGCAAAGGAAAGAUACAGGAGCAAGCGGGCACUGCUUAAGUAUAAGUCUGAGCUUAAAGGCAUAAAGGAAAAGCUUAAGAGUCUGAACCAUGCUUUUGAUCGAGAUGGCUUCACGAGUCAUCACCAGAUUGACCGCCAUGUGUCAGAGCUUCAAAGAAAGAUUGACCUCUUAUCUCUGAAGAUUGAAUCUGACCGCCACUACCGAAUCGAUUUGGACAUUAGCGACCUCAAAUCUGAAAUGCAACAGAUCAGGCAGCAGAUGGCACGAGAAGAGCUGCUCAAGUCAACCUUGGGCUUUAUGGCGCAACCUGAGAGGCUCGAGCCCGAAGAAACACGUCCGAAACGUUUUGAACACAAUGGGCAACAGGACUUUCUAUUUGAAAAGUACAGGAGUGACCUGUCGGCAGAGAUCAGCAAUCUGCAGAGGAACCUCAGCUCUGAGCCUGAUCUCCAUUAUAGCUGGUUGUCAUCCAAAAAGGAUGCGCCAGAGGAAGUUAAGAAGGUGGAUGUGUCAGCCAACAAGAGCUUUCCCAGGCGGAAGCCGCCAAGCCAAAGCCAGUCCACACCGUACCGAGUGCCUCUGUUCCCAGAGCACCUGCCGAGCUGGCCCAUGAGUCCAGUGAAGAGGGCAGCCCCACCUGUACCUACGCAGAGUGCAGCCACACGGCAGCGUGUUCAAGCCAUGUUGGAUGAAUCUUUUGCAAGGCACAUGACUGCAAGAAACACCUUUGUGACAGCUCCGAGCAUUGAGGCUGAUGGCAUGGAUGCACAACUGAAGAAGUCGCUGGCUGAGCUGACCAACUCUCUGGAGAAAACCUAUCUGGUGUGACACUGCACAUGGUGCUGUUUGCUAGUCUCGGGGACUUUUUUUGAGCACACACUGGGCAUUUUUUGUGUACCAUAACAGCCAUAGCCGUAGCCAUAGCAUUCGCAGAGGCCAUAUCUUAAGUGUCACCGCUCAAAGCCACACAGGCACACGGACACAGUCACCGCUGCGCAGAGUUUGUUACAGUGUCAAAUAAUCUCAUUUCGCUGAUCUCGCCCUCUCCAUUUGUUAAUUAUGGUAGCUUGAUGCCAUUCAUUUUUUUGUUUGUUUGAGCUUAACUUUUAAACACAGCCUAAUUUUUCAUUGCAACAAAAGCAACAGGUUAUACACGAAGAAGUACUAGUACUAUGUAAUGUGAUGUAGGGUAUGCAGUGCAGUCUACAUGUGACAGCUAUGGGUUAUGAUGUCUAUUGUCUACUACAUUUAUUUACUAAAGGUGCCCAGUUAUACAGAGGUGGUUUAAUGAUCAGCAUUUCUGAACCUCUCGUCAUCAUAAGUGGACUGCAUUGUAGCAUACUUUGAAGACAGAUCUGUACUCUUUUCAGGUGCUUAGCUGGAAUGAGCCAUUUACUCGUAAUGUAGGGCCCUUAAAGGAGCAGAGUCAGCUUUCAUUUUUCUUUCUUUCUUGCCUUUUGCUUUUUUUUUGUACAAUCCUUUUUUUCUAAGUGUUUCUUGCUUUGGCUAUAGUGCAACUUCUCUCAAGAGUUGAAUAGCCUAAAUUUAAAGGUCCUGGAGGCUGCUGCAUAAAUUAUGCAGUGUUGGAGAUUUGUCAUGUACUACUAUAGCUACAAAUAUACAUUAGACAUAUGCAUGACAAGCUUGGCAACCAACCGUCUGUUAUAGGGAGUACAACACAAUAACUGACGCAAGGAAGAAUAGAUGGCACAAGCAUUUUCUAACUUUUGAAGCUUUGUUUUCAGCAUAGUGGUCAGAUGAAAUUUGAAGUUCCUUGGAAGUUGAUUUACCUUACCAGAAGUUCAACCUGAGCUUGCUGAAUCUUAUCAGACAACUUUAUCAACAGAGUUGGUUUUAAAGUGAGUUGAUUGUAAGGUCAUUUGGAAGUUUGUUCACAUCUUAUCAGAAGUUUUAAGUUGAGCUUGGUGAAGCUUAUUGGAGAAUUUGUCCAGAGGAGUUUGUCUCAGUGAGUCGACCGUAACGCUGUGGCUGGACUGGGUCGGACUAUGGACUUAAAAAAGACAACAUUCUAUGGAGCUUCAUAUGUGAAGCUUUCAUAAUUAUCUAUGCUUGCGGUAUCUUCCUUUCCCUUGCCCGCUUUUCCGAGUAGGCCUCGAACUAUCAUUAAAUAUAUUAUCUCCUCUCUCUGUGUUAACUGUAAAUACUUUGUAAGCACCCGCAUUCUACAUAAAAUGCAAGUAUAAAGAAAGCAUUGAUAAGGCCAUGCUUGCAUUUUAUUACUUGACUGCUUUACAGUUAUAAUGGCUGCCAGUUUUGUGCUCACCAUAGCAUCCUUGAUGCCAUGUUGCUGUUGAUUGUUCUAUGUACGACAGAUUAGCAACCAGAAACAUCUCAGAAAAGAUGUGUUAAAUCCUUGAUCAGUUUAUAUAUUGGAACAUUCUGUAUCAUGAUUCGUGAUCACUGAUUACAUGUGCUCAGUUAUGAAAGCUCAGCGAACAUUUUAGUCUCUGCUCCUUUAGGGUUCAUAGAACUUUCAUGUUGCAGCACAGAGCUUUUUCUUUUGGUUUCCACAUAUUUACGUUAUUACAUUCUGCAUUAUUACAUCACCACAGUACCAUUUUGUAUUGCACUUUUCUUUUUUUAUUUCCUCGUUUGUAGCAUUGUUGCAUGCAUGACUGCUGCCUUUUCUUCAUUGCAGAAGAGCUUGCUAGUGCAGUUAGAUUUUUCAUUUCCUCAAGCCUUUAAAUGUUCACUCGAUUUCAGUGUGGCUGAAAGCGUGUGACUUGAAUGGUUGUGUACUUGUAUGCAGAAAAGAAACCUACGAGAAAACAUUUAAGAACAAAGGGCAGCUUUGAACUAUGGGCCGAGUAAAAUAUGAGGUAUGCCGAGAAGUUUGCAAAGCCUAGAUACGGUAGUUGGCAAAAUGAAUAAGAUAUUGGCACUGGGCCCAGCCAUAAUCACAUGCAUAUCAUAAGCAUGUCAUAUACUGGAGAGGUUAUAACAAGCACGAUACAAAUUCUCACUUGUGUCCCUGAGGGGCAGACGAGAUGUGUUUUUUUAAAGCUUUUCAUUUUUUUUUACAUGGAAUCGUUCCCACUACUUUCAAUUAUUGCAAGUGAGUGUCGUGAAACCACUACUUCGAGGAUGUUUGAAUAUGUGGAUAUUGACGUUGUGCGUUGCCAGAGAUCUGUACGCUUUUGUUCGUGCACUGCCUUGUAAUGUGCCUUGCAACUCGUUCUCCUGCAAUCUUAUAAAAAUGAAAAAUGUCUACAAAGGAACAUUUGCACCCCGAGUACCGAGCAUAUGAUCGUGAGAUACCUUGCUACUAGCUAAUGGGCUUCAUUCUAAACAUGUGAUCUUGAUCUAGCUUUAUGUAAGCAUGUUUCAAAUUUUCAGCCCUUGUUUCAUGCCUUGGUAUAAUUGAAUUGUCAGUUAUAUAUAUGUUAAUGCUGUUAAUAAUUGGAUCAACUUGUGCAUUUGUAACAUGCAGCUGAUUGUCGAGACUACCUCAACAAAAGGUGAUGUGCAUAGUUUAGGAAAUAAGGUAGACUACUUGGUAAAGUUGGUGCUAAGUCAAACAGGCCACAUAGCAUGGACAAACCGUGCCUUAAAAGAAGUUUCACGGUCAUCGUCUGGCAUGUUUCAAAGAUUUACCGCAUGACAUCAAGAGUGUCAGGUACUUUCGAAAAGGUGUAAGUUCUGUGCACAAAUUGUGAAAUGUUUGGUGCUGUUGACAGGCUUUUCAUAUAUGUUGUCAACACAUUGCGUUAAUUUGUUUUGUGAACGUUAUGUGCUCACAUUUAAUACAACAGAUGUGAUGAUAAAGCAGGGAAUGAUCUCUAAGCCAACUGCCUUUUGUCAAAAAAAAAAAUUUUAGGUAGAACAGAAGCAGCUAAUGAACUAGCGUUUGAAGAUUGUUCACUUCAAAAACUCAGAUGUGCAGAAAUACAGUGUUUACAGCUAUGUUUAUAUGUAACAUGUACAUUAUCGGUUUGUGGGAAUGCUUGCGGCUGCUUGAAUUGGAAGCUACAAAGUACAUCGAGCUGCUAUUUUGCUCUUGCUCUUGUUGUUUACAUGACUCAUGUUCUUGUUGAAAUGUUUUUUUUUCUUGUUUUCUUUUUUGUGCACUUGAAGCGUGCUUUUUUAUCCAUUACUUACGCACAAAAAGCAUGUUAUUUGUUUUAUAGGUAUGUCGUUAUCCCAGUCACUCAUAGGAUGCACGUUUCAUAGCUGCAUGUGUUUGCACAUUGUAAUUGCUUUGUGUGUGUUUGUUUUGAAGUUUUGUGUGGCAUAAUAGCAGAGUAGGCACCUUUCUUUAGCAUCAUCUAUUUUCUCAGUAGCUAUGACAUCUUUGUACUAUUUAUAACUGGCAAUUGGCUGUUUCAUUGACAGCAAAGGUUAAUUGCCUUUCGCCUAGCUUUUGACAAUUCACUUGACAUCCUAGCUAAGCAAAUCUGAUUCAUCAAAUGGGGGAAAUAACAGUUAUAGGCAACCUAUAAAAUGUUUGUUGGCAAGAUCAAAGUUGUCGCACUAUCAUAUCAAGAAUGAAAUGAGUCAAUGUAUGAUUUUUCAGACUCCCUAGGGUCCUCGAAGAAGUCCAAAAAGUUGGGCUGUCCGAAAAAAAAUUAAUGCAUGCCUUUUACUGCCCCCAAGAGUGCAAAUUCACAAUGAAAACAUUCACUACGAAAAAGUUUGGAUAAUCGGACUGCGAAAAGCUUCAGUGUCCAAAAUUUUAGACGUCCUUAUAAUUGGCUCUAUGGGGUAUGUGGUGGUGUUGCAAAGGCGUCCGAAUUAUCGGACAUGUCCGACAAUUUGGGCUUCUGAAAGAUCGGUUGUUGACUUUAUUAGCAUUACUUCUUUGGCGCCUGCUGCCUGCUUUUAAAGGUAGUUCACUUGGAAUACACAUUUUAUUGCAGCGCUCUCGCAUUUUUGGUGCCGUGUAAACUUUGCACUUGGCACUGUAAAAAUUGUUUGCGAAUUUUUGUGGCAUUGAGGACUUUUGCAACAUUUUUUUGCAGUCACUGAAAAUCAUGUGCUUUAAGGAAGUGCUCAUAAAGUUUAGAACUUUGCAGACUUUCUAAGUGGGAGCAUUUCAGAACACAUAUCUAGUCCUUACAAACUACCAUAUUUACUCUUUUAGCAAGCGAGAGCUUUUUAAGAUAAUCGGCGAAGUUGUAAUUUAGCUUUCAGUGUGUGCAAAGAAUGUGAUUCUUUUUUAUGUAUACUGAACAAUCCUUAGCUCAUGCUAUGCCUGUUGAAAUGAGAUGCUCUUUUUGAGCUAGAGUUACCUGCGUUAAUUCAUACUCCAAGGGACCAUGGGUCUUUUUUAGUUAUUAGAGGUUUGAACUGGCAAAAGUUCAGCUAAACAUGGCUAAAAACACAAUUAUGGCUCCUCUCUCAAAUGUAUAUGCACACCCAGGCAUAGGUGUAUGGAAAGUUAGAGGUAGGCGAAAUGCUUUUCUGGAGUGUUUUAAUAAGGCAGAUUCUAAAUUCUGUUGAGCAUGUCAGGCCUGGGAAAAUUGUUUAUAUAUACUUAAAACGAAUCCAGCUUGGAUUAUCUGAGUUUGAAUUAUCGUAUGUCCAUUGCUACUCCUGAAAAAGCAUUUGUCACUUUGCGUCACUGUUAUCAAGUGCUAAUGUCGCAUGAUUGUUGAUAAAUCUGGAUGUUCAUUUAGGUCACUCGCUUUUGGUGCCAUGGCCAGCUGCCUCUGCUCACCCACUUCGUUUUUUUAUAUUUAUGUAUUAAGAAACCUGUUGAGAUUGUUUGCAUUGUUAGUACUGCUUGUUAUUGAGAAUGUCCAUAUUAUUAACUGGAAUGCUACGCAAUCAUUUGAUGUUGUUGUGUGCUGCGUCAAACGCUGACGGUACAAAGCUUGAAAUGUCUAUUGAACAAUCAGCAAAACAGUGCUAGUUUAAUUAGUUACAUGAAAAAGAGGUUAAUUAACUGAAUUGUUGUGCCAGUCAAUGUUUGAAUAGGGAAUAUGAGCAUGUGAUUCAGAACUUUCUCUUGUAAGGUGUACAUAAUUUAUUUUUUAUUGCUAUGUCUGUAUACAACUGCAAAUAAACAGCCCAAGUCAGAUAGGUGCAACAGUCCAUAAAGUAAGGUACAGAAAUACUUUGAGAGCAUAUUAUAAAUAAUCUUUUGCAUACGCUCCAUAGCUUUAUAAUUAGCGCUGGUUGAUAGUGUUUACUGGCAUCUGCCAUAGACAAAGUAACAACUGAUCUGCAUAGUGCUACUUUUUUGUUUUGUGUUAUUCUUGAUGCAAGCUCUACAAAAGGAUUUCACCUCUUGUUUUAAUCACCUAAGGAAAUCCGAACAGCUCUUGUGUUUACUGUGUUUGCACAUGUUUUUUAAAUGGAUACUGAAUAAAAAUUUUGUCGUCGA